GCUUAUUUUCCAGCUUUCAGACAUUUUUCGGGUAAUAAUUAUCACGAUAUAUUAUUAUUAACAGAAUGGUAUCCUUAUCAUUGAUAUGAUAAGAUGAUGAGCAUAGAAAAUCAUGAUAACCAUUAACCCUACAUGGUGAUAAAUGGUGAUAGUAACUUGAAUAUGGGAGAAAAAGAAUUGAAGGUGAAAAAUACCAAAGUUUUGGAUUUUUUUAAUGCUAUGAAAUAUGGAGAGAAUAUUGAGAACUUGAACAAAGCAAAUGAUUGGUUGAAAUCAAAAAAUAAUACAUUUUUCACAUAUGUGGAGAAAAGUGGUGAACCUCCCAAUGGAUCACCUACAAUACUUCACAACCAUAUCAACCAUGAAGAACUCUGCAAAAUAUAUGUUCCAGAAAUUGAUACAAUUAAGAAGAUUUUGAUGAGAAGCAAUGAAAAAUCUCAAUGGCUUGAUGUAACACCCACAGAAAGAAGGAACAUAUUGAUAAAGUUGAGCUCUGAAAUUGAGAAAAAUGUAGACCUCUUCACCCAAAUUGAAAUUAUGUCUAGGGGCAUCUUGGGUAGUGAUACAAAAAAAUGGGUGAUGACACUAUUUGCAGAAUAUUUCCUUUAUUAUGCUUACUGCAUAUCUUCCACUCAAAAAAAUCCAAGAAGGAAACCAGAGGGAAUAGCAGUGGGUGUGUUUUCAAAUAAAAACUCUUUAUCAAAUUUGAGUCUUUUCCUGGCACCUGCUCUAUCAGCAGGAUACAAUGUUUUAUUGCAAGUAGGGACAGAACUAGCACCAGCUGCAUUCCUGCUUCAAGAUAUUGCCAGAUCAGUUGGAAUCCAUGAAGAUGCUUUUAGGUUGAUUCCAUCAGAUGAUUAUGAAUUAUUACCAUAUCUGAGUAGUGAGAAGGUUGCUAUUCUUGCUCUCUUCAUAGAUUUACAAAACGAAAAAUGUCGUGGUUUUAAUAGUUACCACAAAAAAAUCGUAAACUUUACUACUUUGAAAACACCAACAAUUAUUUUUGAUGAUGCAGAUUUAGAUUCAGCUUGUGAGAGUCUAAUAGAAGCUUCUUGGAGCUAUCAGAGUUUGUUGCCAUGGUCUACAAAUACCGUACUAGUACAAGAAAAUGUCCUAUCAACAUUCCUAAACAAAUUCAAACCGAAAUUGAGGUCUUUGAAAGUGGGUCCUGCAAAUGAUAAAUUCACCGACAUUGCGCACAGAGACGAAACCACCACCAACACGUUAUCUUCUCUGAUAGACCUAGCCAAAGCACAAGGAAUCGAGACAUUCAAAGCCGAUGAAAAUUGUGAUACUUGGAGCCCGACUUUGUUCAUCGGAGGCAAAGUACAAGCUAAUAAUGUUUUGAGUUCGACCUGCGAGGAAGGCAACGAACUGACAGUUUUGGCCUUCAGAUCGAUCGAAGAAGCCGUUAACUUAGCCAACAAUACCAGGCAAGGUAUGGCAGCUUGUGUGUGGUCAGAAAACAUCGGUGUUGUCAAUGAAGUAGCAAGAAAACUGAACGUUGGCAAUGUGUGGGUGAAUAGUUUUGGAACAUUUUCCCCAGAAGUUGCUAUAUGUCCACAGAAAGAUAGUGGUAUUGGUUAUUUUGGUGGAAUUGAAGGACUUCUCGAAUAUAUUAGCUAUUCGAGAUAUUCACCAGCUAUCACAAAAGUCGAGCCCGAACAAAAAUCUGAUGUCGCUAUAAACUCUAUCAUAGUGUCUGCAAAAAAGUCUCAAGCUAUUUGGAGCCGACAAUCAAAUUUCGAAAAACGCAAGAUAUUUCAACAAUUUGCCGAUUAUUUGGAUGCCCAGCAACAGUCAUUAAAUGGUAUUUCCUCAGACUGGAUACUUUCUGCUAUCGCAACCAUCCAGGAUUCUUCCACUGGCACUUACAAAGACAGGGUCAGUUUAGCGCAAACUUAUAACUUGACAUCUGUUCGGCUACCAAGAGGUGUUAUUUCGGUCGACGUUUCGGAAUCCAACAAUAUCGCCUUGAUUUUGACUUGUUUGAAUUCGGGCAACGCUGUGAUACUUUCUUGUCAACAAGGCGUUCAUUUCAAUGUUUUGAAAAAAUUGAGUUCGCUGCUGCCUACGGGUGUUUUGAACGUUUUGCCUUAUAAUGUGGAUAAUGCGAAAGCAAUUGCUAGGAAUAAGCUGGUUGCUGUUCAUUUUGGGAAUGAUCAAGACUCUGUUUUCGAAUUCAUGUCGGUCUACGAUUCCAAGGUUUUUAUGGAAGUUACUGACGAUAUGGAGGAUAUUUACAAUAAAGUUACCGUUUUGAAAAAUGUUUGGUAUGACAGUGGUAAAUCUAGUAAUUGUAAUUGAAUACCAACUUUUCAUCAAAAUAUGAAAAUAUAUAUUUAUUGUAAAUACAUUAUACAUAAAUAUAAUUAAAAUUUGUAUUUACA